CACCGGAACAGACGUUCGGUUACGUCACGUUGGAACAGUCCUUCUCGAACAGCCUAGCAACUUCUGCGGUCUUCAAAAAAAAAAAAAAAAAAAAAAAAAAAAGAGGAAAAAAAAACUUACUGAAGCGCUAACAACCCGGACAGAAAAUGGACGCUAGAAAGAUAUCUUAUAUCUUGAUGUUUUCCUGAGUGCUGCGGUGUGACGGCUGGUGGCGGUAAUAACGCGACAGUCUGGCGUUAAACAGAAGAAGAAGCAGCAACAGGAGGUUGAGCGGAGCGGACAUGGCGGACGACAGCAGGUUCCCAGCUGCCAGAUAAACGCCAGCAAAAAAAGCAAAGCGGAGGACGAGAGGCAGCUGCCGGGGGACUUUUUUAAUGUUACAUGGAUAACCGGCGCUCUCCGGGACUGUAAGCCCUCCCAACUGAAGCCGCAUGGCGUCCACUCAAGCCCGGCUGGGCCAGCAGGCCUUAGCGGUGCUAGAUGUGGCUCUGCGAGUUCCCUGCAUCUUUAUUAUCGACGCCAUUUUUAACUCUUAUUACGACCCCGGUUCGGGCUGGGCCGGGGCGAUGGGGAAGGUUUUGGUCAGAGUCAUGGGCGUCCUCAUCUCCAGUGUGGUGCUGCUGCUCUCCCAGAAAGCCUUGUUCAAGUUCUACACCCUCUUCUUCGCCGUUCUCCUGGGCAUGGCGGCGGUCCUCAUCAACUACUACGCCACCUCUCACAUAGACUUCUACAGCGCCUACUACAAAGCGGCGCUGGGCUUCAGGCUGCUGCCGAGGAACGGGCCGACGCUGUGGCUGGGCAUGGCCGCCGUCCAGCUCGUCUUCGGGGUGGGCUACGUGUUCCUGCUCAACCUCCAGUCCGUGUGCGCCGCGCUGGUGGUCCUGGACAUCAUGAUCCCUCUCUGGGGGUUGAUGAUCGAGCUGCCCGUGGACGUCAGGCAGCUGGUGGCCGUGUUCUCGGGCCUGGCGCUGGCCCUCAACACGGCCGUGUGCCUGGCCAUGAGGCUCAAAUGGUUUUACUACUCCUGCCGGUACGUCUACCUGCUCGUACGGCACAUGUACCGGAUCUACGGGCUUCAGCUGCUGCUAGAGGACACGUGGAAGAGGAUCAGGUUCCCCGACGUGCUGCGGGUGUUCUGGCUGACCCGGGUCACCGCCCAGGCACUGAUACUGGUCUACGUGGUGCGGGCGGUGAGGAGGGAGAGCGGCGACGCCACGGGCGCUGCAACAGACGGCAGCUCUGACUCACAGGGUUACCUGCUGAGCUGGGACGUGUUCUGGGAUCUGACCAGUAACCUGAUCAUCUCCGGCUGUGACUCCACGCUCACCGUUCUGGGGAUGAGCGCCGUCAUCUCCUCCGUGGCGCACUACCUCGGCCUCAGCAUCCUGGCCUUCAUCGGUUCGACGGAGGAGGAAGAUAAACGUUUAGGUUUUGUGGCUCCCGUUCUGUUCUUCAUCCUGGCUCUGCAGACCGGCCUUAGCAGCCUGGACCCCGAGGAACGCUUAGUCCGCCUGAGCCGCAACAUGUGCCUUCUGCUGACGGCCAUCCUGCACUUCAUCCACGGCAUGACCGACCCCGUCCUGAUGUCCCUCAGCGCCUCUCACGUCUCCUCUUUUCGCCGCCAUUUCCCCGUGCUGCUGGUGUCCCUGGCGCUCUUCGUGCUCCCCGUGGCGCUCAGCUACGCCCUCUGGCACCACUACGCCCUCAACACCUGGCUCUUCGCCGUCACCGCCUUCUGCGUGGAGCUCUGCCUCAAGGUGGUGGUGUCGCUGACGGUCUACGGCCUCUUCAUGGCCGACGGCUUCUCCAACGUUUUGUGGGAGAAGCUGGACGACUACGUCUACUACGUGCGCUCCACGGGCAACAUCAUCGAGUUCCUGUUCGGCGUCAUCAUGUUCGGGAACGGCGCCUACACCAUGAUGUUCGAGUCGGGCAGCAAGAUCCGCGCCUGCAUGAUGUGCCUGCACGCCUACUUCAACAUCUACCUGCAGGCCAAGAACGGCUGGAAGACCUUCAUCAACCGCCGCACGGCCGUGAAGAAGAUCAACUCCCUGCCGGAGGUGCGCGGCGACCAGCUGAGCGACAUCGAGGACGUGUGCGCCAUCUGUUACCAGGAGUUCGCCACCUCGGCGCGCAUCACGCCCUGCCACCACUACUUCCACGCGCUGUGCUUGAGGAAGUGGCUCUACAUCCAGGACACCUGCCCCAUGUGCCACCAGAGAGUCUACGUGGAGGAGGAGAGCCGAGACAGAGCCGCCUUCUCCAACAACAACGGGGGCUACGCAGCCGCGCCGCAGGACGCCGCUCCAGCAGCCCCUCCGGCGGCGGGGGAAAACCAGCACGGACAGCCAGACGACGAGCUGCCGGUCGACGGGGCGGCGGCUGGAGCGGCGGCGGCCGCGGGGGGGCCGGGAGAACUGGACAACGAACUGCUGGAGGACAACGACAGCAUAGAGUACGACGAAGACGAGUGGGGGACUCAAAACGGCGGCACGCCGAUAGAAGAAGACUAUAUCAAUGAUGACACAGACUCCACAGAGGACUGACAAUAAAAGAUCUAUAGAUAAAUAUACAUAUAUCUUUAUUAUAUUUAACUUAAAAAGAAUUAUAAAACACAACUUCAGCAACUUAAUUUGUUCUUGAAAAAUGUCAGGGAUGUCAUUUUCUUUUUUUUUUCUUUUUUUUUUCUUGUUAGUUUCUUUUUGUUUGAUUUUGAAUUUGGGUUUUACUCUAUAAGGGCUCAAGGAAGAGUAACUGCUGCUCUCAGUCUGUGUGUAUGAAUGCAUCUGUGUGUGUGUGUGUGUGUGCGUGUGUGUGUGUGUGUGUGUGUGUGUGUGUGUGUGUGUGUGCGUGCGUGUGUGCGGGGGCUGCGUGACGUAGACCACAUGUGGGCACAGCUGUCUCUCUACACUGUUUAUUUUCCCCACAUCUCAAAAAAAAUCACACACACACAUCAGUCAGAUGAAAUAAAAAUAUCAGAUCUCUGCCUCGUUGAGCAAACUAUUGAACGAAGGAAGGAAGUUUCAGCUACUGUUUUAAAUUUAGUCACUUAUGCAGCCCCAAUGAGCAGGAUAUAUAUAUAUAUAUAUAUAUAUAUAUAUAUAUAUAUUUAUAUAUGUAUAUAUCUACCUGGUGUGUGUGUGUGUGUGUGUGUGUGUGUGUGUGUGUGUGUGUGUGUGUGACUGCCGACAUGAAAUGUUGCUCAGAUGAUGUCUUAAAGAUGCAGUUCACGUUUCCCUUGCAGUGUAUUAUUUGGAGGGAAAAUGCUGGAGAGUGUUUUGGUUCGUUAACGACAAAACCGCGGAACAAAUCCGAGCUCGGAUCAAUCUGACGAGUCGGUGUAUUUGAGUGUUUCAGGACUGAUUUUAUAAAUGUGAAAUAAGUUUUUUUGUGUAUGUUUGACUGACACGGCAGACUCUUUGGGAAUAAGAGAAGACUGGAGCGGUGAUCGUCGGCAGUUUUUAAAGGCUCAAAACAUCGAUUUAAAUCGUCUAAACUAAAUCAGCCUCUCAAAAUCCCGACUCGCAGAUUGAUCGCAGCCCAAGUUUGAGGUUUAAUUUGUUCCAACGUUUUUUUUUUAUUUUGUCGUCUUGAACAGAAUAUUUGUGAGAGAGAGAGAGAGAGAGAGAAGCAGUUUUCUAUCAACUCUGCGCCAACCAGAGAGGAAAAACAAAGAGAGGUGUGUCUGAUUUUUAAAGUGACUUCCUACUGUAAUCACUGAUAUACCUCUUAUCAUUACUUAACUACUGGUCUCUUGUGUGACCGCGCUUACAUUUGUGUACGUUAUUGUACAUAUAAUAAAAACAGAUACAUGCACACUUUCUCCUUUUUUAGGAUAAAAGAAGUUUGUUUUUUUUCUCCCCCCCCCCCUGCCCCCCUCCCUCAGUUAUGCUACUUUUCCUCAUUUCUCAUAAUCAGUAUUCAGUUUUGGUUAAAAGCUUUUUUAUUUUAUUUUCAGACCCAGAAUCGGUUGUUAUAUGAUAAAGAGUGCUGGUGUGGAGUCGCAGUGCAAGCUUACAAAUGAAGAGCUCGAUCCCAAAAAAAAAAAAACAAAUGUAUUGGAUAAAAUGAUUUCUCUGUACAUGUCCCAAAAAAUCCAUCAUGAAAAGCUGCAAGUUCUUCUGUCUACUGUGAAGUACUUGCUUUCUUUUUUUUUUUUUU